AAUCACAAACAAGUUUCAAUCAACUGAGUCAUUGAUCAAUUCAUUGAAAUAUUUACUGUUUCGUUUUGCGUCACUUCAUUAUGUAAGUGGAGUUAACUGUAGUAUUUGUCUUGAAAUGGAGAGAAAAGGACCUAGAAUAGCUCAAUAUCCGGUUGGUCCGGAACAACAAAUAUUUGACAAUGUUGCUAGAAGGUUAUCAGAAUACGAAAUUUUUACAUUUAAUGGACAUUUGCGUGUGAAUAAAAAUAUACAAGAAUAUAAUAGAGUUCAUGAAUACGAAAAAGUUCAUGAAUUAUACGAAAAACAUCGUUCUUAUGACAAUUUUCAUGAACAUAAGUAUAAAGAAUAUAAGCCAAAUUACAUAACUAGAGAUCAACACGAAGAAAUGAAAUCCAUUAAACAACCCAGAAGAAACACAAAUGUAGAACUAAUUCCAAUUGGUGGACCAGAGAAUUCUAUUCGUGAAUAUGAUUAUAAAGAAUAUAAAUCGUCACCGUAUGACUUAAAUCGCCCUGUACAUGAUACUUUCAGUUCUAAAAAUGAUAGUUACAUGGACAAGAAGUUACAGGAGUACCAAAUUAAAACAUAUUUGCUCAGGGAAGAUAAUUUUCAUCCUUUUAAAAAAAUAAACAAUUUUGGAGAUGUGGAAAAGGAAGAUUCACAAGAGGAAACUGAUAUGUCAUUUCUGAAAAGGUGUAAACUGUCUUCAAUGUUGCCAAUAAUUCAACCAAAAUGGAGACCACAAGAAAAGGACUCUCCUCCACCAGAUUACUCUUCACUCAGUAAUGCAAGACCUCGCCCGCUCAACCUAAAGAAAAAUCUAUCCGUAUCUUUCGAUGCUGAGGAGGAUAAUUUCAAAUGGUAAAAAUGAAUGAACACCAGAAAUCAUAUCAUAUUUCUGCUAUAGUUUGGUUAUAUGUACAUUCAAAGUUGGAAAUAUAGACGCGAAAUGUAUUGUAAAAGUCAAAUUAAGUACAGAUUGCUGAAUAUGAUAUAAUACCAGAUUAUAACGACAAACGAAGAAAAAUGCACCAUUUUCUUUUAUUUGUAUAGUUUCAAUAAAGUUAAAAUUCUA